AUGUUCAAACUACCGGACUUGCCUUCAGGCAAAAACAAGCGGAGAUUUGAAGCACCGACGGAAGACGCUAUAAAGAAGGUUAGAUUGCAGGAAGAAGAAAACCCAGAGAGCCACUCCUCAGCUGGAAGCGAUAAGGGUAAGGGCAGAGCAGUUACUAUCGCAGACGAGGAAGACGAGGUGGAAUAUGUAGAUGCUCACGAGGAGGACGAUAUCGAUGACGAUGAAGAUGGUCGCUUCUACGGCGGUGGUUUGACAGAUGAACAGAAGACAAUCCUUGAUGUCUUCGACAGAGCUGAACAAGGGGGCGACGAAGAUGUCGUGCUUACUCCGCAAGGUAUCAAGAAACAGCUACAGAAGUUUGAACGCGUUAUAGCUAAGAACACAGAAUUAAGGGGUAAAUAUCCCGAAGAUCCACACAAAUUCAUUGAUUCAGAGGCUGAUUUAGAUGCGGCUAUUCAUCAACUCAAAAUAUUCGCACAGAGUCCAGCUAUUUCGUACCCUCAAUUGAUAAAAACAGGUGCAACAGAACAGUUAAUUGGCUUGCUAAGCCAUGAAAACACUGAUAUUUCACUCGACGUCGUGGAAGUUAUUGAAGAACUCACAGAUGAGGAUAUACUCGACGAGACGGAAGACAGUGAGGAGGGAAUGAGUAACUUACAGGCUUUCGUCACUGCCUUGCUCGAAUUGCAAGUACUUGAGUUAUUAGUCUCUAACAUGAAAAGGCUCAAUGAGGAGAAUGACUCAGAUGUUGAAGGUGUUUUCCACACGCUGGGAGUAUUCGAGAAUAUGAUAUCUUUGCGACCAGAACUCGCUGAAACACUUGUCACCGCGACUGAUACACUCCCUUGGUUACUCAAGCGCAUUACAAAGGUCGAAUACAAUCAAAAUAAACAAUACUCAUCUGAAAUAUUAGCUAUUCUAUUGCAAGAUUCUACCAAAAACCGCUCUGCAGUUUUGAAAGAAAAAGAUGGUCUUGAUUGCAUCUUACAGGCCUUAUCGCAUUACAUGAAGAAAGAUCCAAAAGAUGCUGAGGAGUUGGAAUUUUUGGAAAAUACCUAUAACGUUCUCUGUACACUCCUCGCAGAGUCUGAUGCUAAAGUACAGUUUAAGGAGGCAGAAGGUGUUGAUUUGAUGAUAUUGAUUGCUCAAGAGAAGUUAAUCUCUAGAUCGCGCGCUAUCAAAACUCUCGAUCAUGCAAUGUCAGGGCCAGCUGGAUCGCUCAACAGUGAAGCUUUUGUUGAAGCUCAAGGCCUGGCUACUUUGUUUGGUGCUUUCAUGAACAAGAUACCUCAGAAAAAGAGUGCAUUUGGCGCCGUCUCAGUACAAGAGCAAGAAGAGCAUUUGUUUGGUAUACUAGUCUCAUUAUUCUCAAACCUUGGUUCAGAAACUCCUGGAAGAAUACGCCUUUUAACGAAAUUUGUCGAAAACAAUUACGAGAAGGUUGAUAGAUUGUUUGAAAUCCGCGAGAAUGCUCAAAAUAGAGUAACAAAUCGGAUCGAACAGGAUAAAGAAAUCGAUAUUGAUGAAGAUGAAGCAUACCUUGGACGUUUAGAAGCAGGUUUAUUCACUUUGCAACUCACAGAUUACGUUCUAGCAUGGCUUGUUAUGGAAGAUGACGGUAUAAAGGAUCAUGCAGAAAUCCUCCUCAGACGUCGUGGUCAAUCGUUUAAGGAUGUCGUAUCGGUACUAAAUGAGUACGCUGAUAAUAUGGGUGAUCAACCACCGAAUCCAGAUGGUUCACCAACACAACGUGAAAUUGUUGGUCAUCUCAUGGAAUAUGUUGAAAGUCUAUAA